AUGUUCGAGCAGCUAUACCCCGGUAUAAAGAACUAUUCAGCGGCGGAUUGGGGCGGUACACGGGCGGCAAGGCAACACUCCCUUUUGCGAGAGGGUGCUCGGCCGGUGUUUUAUCGGGCGCGGCCACUGCCUUACGCUCUGAGGGGUCCGGUCGACGUGGAGCUGGACGCCAUGUUGCGCGCGGGCAUCAUCGAGCCCGUGGAGUACUCGGAGUGGGCGACGGCAUUGGUACCGAUACGUAAAGCUGACGGCGGACUUCGUAUCUGUGCUGAUUACAAAGUAACUUUAAAUCCUGUCUUACUGGUCGAUAGAUACCCGCUACCGAAGAUCAAUGAUCUAUUAGUGAGCUUAAACGGUGCUACUCAUUUCUCAAAAAUUUACUUAUCCCUUGCUUAUAAUCAGAUUGAGCUGGAUGAUUAA